AUGGCGUUGGCCUCUGGGUUCUUAAACCAUGGAACCACGGUGCCUUUAACAACUGUCGGAAGAAACCUCAGUGGUUCUACCAGUAUCUUUCCUGUUGUUACCAAAUACCAGAGGGGAGGAGGUGGCCCCCACAGCGUCAAGGCACCGAGCUGCUCUGCCCUGGCAUCUGAAGUCACCCUAGAGUCAGCAUCUCUGGUCUUCUCCCUUGAGAACUGGGAGACCGGGCCUCGAGCUGUGGAUACUCUGGGCCUGCUCGGCCAUCUCCUGCCCAACACUCUCGCCACCUCCCAUGCCCACCUAGGCCGGCUCAGACUUGGGCAGCGCCUUAUGUCCACACAGCUAGAGGAAAGCCUCUCUCAGCUUGAGUGCCUGUCACACUUGGAGGUGAAAGGCAUGGAUGAAGAUCGAGUGCCCAGGGCCUCCCGCACCCUUUCUGACUCUCGCUUGAAUCCAGCAACUAUCACAAGAAUACUCCUUAGCCACUUCAAUUGGGACAAAGAGAAGCUGAUGGAAAGGUACUUUGAUGGAAACCUGGAGAAGCUCUUUGCUGAGUGUCAUGUAAUUAAUCCAAGUAAAAAGUCUCGAACACGCCAGAUGAACACAAGGUCAUCAGCACAGGAUAUGCCUUGUCAGAUCUGCUACUUGAACUACCCUAACUCGUACUUCACUGGCCUUGAAUGUGGACAUAAGUUUUGUAUGCAGUGCUGGAGUGAAUAUUUAACUACCAAAAUAAUGGAGGAAGGCAUGGGACAGACGAUUUCGUGUCCUGCUCAUGGUUGUGAUAUCUUAGUGGAUGACAACACAGUUAUGCGCCUGAUCACAGAUUCCAAAGUUAAGUUAAAGUAUCAACAUUUAAUAACAAAUAGCUUCGUGGAGUGCAAUCGACUGUUAAAGUGGUGUCCCGCCCCGGACUGCCACCACGUGGUUAAAGUCCAGUAUCCUGACGCGAAGCCUGUUCGCUGCAAAUGUGGGCGACAGUUUUGCUUUAACUGUGGAGAAAAUUGGCAUGAUCCUGUCAAAUGUAAGUGGCUGAAGAAGUGGAUUAAAAAGUGUGACGAUGACAGUGAGACCUCCAAUUGGAUUGCAGCCAACACAAAGGAAUGUCCCAAAUGCCAUGUCACAAUUGAGAAGGAUGGCGGUUGUAAUCACAUGGUCUGUCGUAACCAGAACUGUAAAGCAGAGUUUUGCUGGGUGUGUCUUGGCCCUUGGGAACCACAUGGAUCUGCCUGGUACAACUGUAACCGCUAUAACGAGGAUGACGCAAAGGCAGCCAGAGACGCACAGGAGCGCUCCCGGGCAGCCCUGCAGAGGUACUUGUUCUACUGCAACCGCUACAUGAACCACAUGCAGAGCCUGCGCUUCGAGCACAAGCUGUACGCGCAGGUGAAGCAGAAGAUGGAGGAGAUGCAGCAGCACAACAUGUCCUGGAUCGAGGUGCAGUUCCUGAAGAAAGCCGUCGACGUGCUCUGCCAGUGCCGCGCCACACUCAUGUACACCUACGUCUUCGCUUUCUACCUCAAAAAGAACAACCAGUCCAUUAUCUUUGAGAAUAACCAAGCUGAUCUAGAGAAUGCCACAGAGGUGCUUUCGGGCUACCUUGAACGAGAUAUUUCCCAAGAUUCUCUCCAGGAUAUAAAACAGAAAGUCCAAGAUAAGUACAGGUACUGUGAGAGUCGACGAAGGGUCUUGUUGCAGCACGUGCACGAAGGCUACGAGAAAGAUCUGUGGGAGUACAUUGAGGACUGAGUGCCCUGCAUAAAGUGAGCUCUGAAACCCUGCCAUCUAGAGUGCUCGUGCGGCUCAAACAAACACAAAACAAACACAAGCGCUAGGCCUGCUCUGACACCGCUGGUCUGUAGGACCAGAGUUCUGUUUUGUUAACGGAAAGUUUAAGUAAAUUAUAUUGUAAUAAAAAAAAAGGUAGAUAAACCAUUGUACAACAGUAUUCUAGGCCGUCAACAAAAGUAUGACAGACAUGCUAAAGCUCCGACUUUAACUUGUAACGUAGCUUCAUUCUCAGAGCUGACUUCUUUUUCUUUGUCCAAGUGUAGACAGUUAAAAUUUAAAACAGCUCCUUGACACUGCUUUUCAUUUCCAAACCAGCCAUUUUGUUGUACCUUGGGAAAGGAUCUCCCCCGCCCACCCCACUUACACAGAGACGGCUGUACUGCCACCCCCCACACGCACAGACGUGCGCAUACGCGCGUGCGCGCGCGCGCGUGCACACACACACGCACACACUUUGCUUUCUCUCAUACUCCCAGGAUCAUCAGAUUAGUUCCUUGUUUAAAAAAAAAAAAAUCUAGGGGCAGGGAGAAGGGAGUAAGCAGCAGGAUUAAACACAAACAAAAAAACUUUGUAUAUGACUUUUAAAACAAGAGGACGACAGUGUUUUUCAGAAUUGUACAUAGCGCAUAUGCAUGGACAGAGCAAGUGUGGCACGUGUUUGCAUAAUGUUUAACUACAAAAAUAUUUAUUCUUUAAAACCUUCAAGAUUAUGUCUACUUGCUGUGCAUUUUCUUUCAGUUUUGCUUUUUAUUUCCAGGGUUGAGGGUUGGGAUAAAAGUCUGUUGGUUUAGCCGCUCUGGGAGCCGUAAUUAGAGCUCUUUGACCCUCCUCUUCAGUGUGGAUGUGGAUGUUUCUGGCCGUGGGCCUCGUGCCUUGAACUCCCAGCUCUUGCUUAGGAACGGGGAGGCCAGUUCUGACCGACCGCCCUGGCCUGCGGAGGGGUGGGCCAGCGAGCUUGGUUGCUGCAGCUGACCCCACCCACCCUGUGGCCCCAGGCGGCUCCCAGGGCAUCAAGGGCAGGGCUGUAGGCUCCCUGGGUUCCUUACCACGCCCAGAGGACCCCUUUCCAGUUUCCUUCCUUCCUUCUCCCCUUAAUUGCUGCUUUCAGCUGUUUAAGACUUUAAUUAUUGUGGCUCUUCUCUCAGUGAGGGUGUCAAAUAGAAUGUUGGGUUAUUUGUUUUGUUUUGUUUUUGCUUUAAAUAUAAAUAAAUAGCCAUUCCUUAGUUUCAGAUUGUAGAUUUAAAACAGCGGGUACUGAACUUGCUUGUGUGUGUUGCUGUGGGUUCAGUUCUGAAGGCAGACACCCCUAGAACACGAUAAUCACAUCUUGUGUGUUUCCAGAGGAGUCACUGAGUUGGCGGCUUCUCUGUUAUCAGCAGGUAGAAGAAUUAAUACUGCAUUUUAGCUGUGGUGUCCGUUUUCAUGAGAUUUGUACGAAGAGCUACGUUAAAGUAGAGGGUGGUGUUGGUUUCAUUAACUGUUUACCUGUCCAGGCCGCUCUGGCUGUGAGGUCUCACAGGGCAGCACCCCAGGUUCUGUCCCGAGUCUGUCCCGAGUCUACAGGAGUGCAGAGUGAACUGGGCGGCCUGACCAAGAGGUCCUGCUCCCGCGCACCCCCGUCCAGGCUGAGGGUCUCUGUCUUCCUUCACCUGCCUCGUGCCUAGGGAGUGCUUGCCACAGGAGUGUGCGUGCAGCCCGCUGCCCCUGCACUGUGCUUCUUACUACUCCACUGGCAAGUAGCUGCACUUUCCUCUGGCCUUUGGCCUAAGUUAGGCUUUGCAGAGUCAACCCCAUCUUCCUUUUAGAAAAGGUCCUCACAUGAGAUGUACUUGCAACUGUACUUUCCCGUCCAAACCCAGGUAGUGUUUGCCGAGUAUAUCACGCUGCUCCACCCCCACACCCUUCUGGACUCUGCUUCUUCUGAGUCCUCUUCUCUCCCCCACCCGUCGGCCAUCUGACUUGAUGUUCGGUGCCUGCGUCUUAAAAGGCACUUAUCGAAGCCAAGACUGUUUUUAGAAAGCCUAAAGCAGUUCCUUUCCCGGUGACUUUGCGAAGCAGCCAGAGUUGCUCUCUAGAUGUCUGUGGCUCCCUUGACAUGUUUUGUGUCUGUGUGGUGUUUAGAAACAAAACCUUGCCGGUCACGUUGCAGCGACUAGAGGGGAGUGUCGCGAGUCCUCCUCGUGCUCCUCUGCGGUCCCCACGCAGCCAGCACCUUGCUGUCAGUCCCCACGCACGGAGACCAGCACUGCUUUCGGAGCGCCGCGUCGUGCUGUGGCUGCCUUCUGACUCUGUCCGAUGACAGUGAACUGGUCCUUUCGGCUUCUGGCUUUGAACAGCUGUCUCCACUCUCGACCCACCUCCCGAGCUGGUUGCUUUCUCUGUCAGUAGCUUUUGUGCCCCCAGCUCGGGAUACAAGCCACGUUGUGCGACCCCUUCCUGUCUAUCUCCCUGCCGGUCUUUCUACCAGGGCGCUUUGGAAGUGAACCUCCCAGUGCGGCGCGGUGAGCACAGUUACAUUGUCUCCUAAAAAGUGCAUGCUCCAUUUGAACAGUUAACUGAGCAGUAGCUGGACUUUCAGUGAUUCAAAAUAAAAUUUUGAUCCAAAGCUCAGGAUACACGCCACGGUGGUGAAAUUGAACAGUCUAUGGCCUCGUUGCGCCCAGUUCUGUGUAAUUUGCUACAAAGCAGAUUUGUAUGUGUUUUAUGUGUGUUUAAAUAAAUCUAUUAAAUGCACAUGCGUUACAUACACACACAGUACACACCAGUUCCAAAACUAUCUGGCUUGCUGCGAAGAGGUUGAACCUACAAUGUAAGAUGUGGUUCGCUGUGAUUGGGAACUGAAACUGAGGGAGAAAUGGCUUGUGUAACACAUUCUGUGAGCUGCUGAUCCCGGUUUCGGGCACUGGGGGUGGGCAGGCGGGCAGGCGGGCGGACGGUGAGACAAUCAGAUCAGCAAGUCGCUUCAGCGCUCCUAACCCUGGGACUUGUGCACAGAGCACCGUGCUGUGGAAAUAACUUGUGCUUAGACUUUCUCUGUAACUGGACUGUUCAGGUUGCCCAGAGGGAAAGAACAUUCCUAAUUCUAAUAAAAUAAACUUUUAUUUUGUUACUCCA